AUGGGCUACCGGGAGCUGGUCCGGCUCUGGAAUGAAGGUGUCCUGGCCCUGGAGAAGGGGGACCGGGCGGCCGCCUUACGCCUCUUCCGCGGCAUCGCCGGCCCGACCUCCAAGAUCCAUUUCAACAUCGGCUCGGUGCUUCUCCUCCAAGGGGACCUGGACCGAGCUUUGGAGGCAUUUGACCAGGCCGUUUGCAAAGACAGCUGCCUGGCCGUGGGGUUCUUCCAGAGAGGGUACGUCUGCCUGCGGCUGGAAAGGUAUGAAGAUGCCCUGAACGACUUCCAGUCAGCAUGGAUGCACCUCCGGAAGAACAUGUGCAUUGAUUACAAGCAACUGGGUCUCAAGUUCGUGUUGUUUGCCUGGGAGGUGCUACACAACAUGGCUGCCGCCCACUGCUGGCUCGGGAGGUGGCAGGAUGCCCGGCGGGUGCUGGAGGAAGCUGGCAGCAGCUCCCUCAAGGGCCCGAGGGCCCAGCUGAGGACUGCUCUGGAGCAGGUGCAGGAUCAUCUCUUCCUGGAACCCCGAAGCGUCCCUCUGGGAGAGGUUUUCAGACCUCCAGCAAAGGAUGUGGAUGAGCUGGAAGAAAAGGAUUUUCUGGGCCAGCCCAAGGUGAUCUCCUCCGCUUUUGAAGAGCACAGUUUGAACGCCUUUCGUGGUCUGCAGCCACGGAUUAGGAAUGGGGGCCCCCCACCGCCUGGAAAAGCUCCCCCCAGCUGGGUCCACGGGACACCAAAGUUACUUGAAUCGAGUCAGCCACAAGGCCAGCCAGAGCCGCAGGUGUGCAGGGCAGCCGACGCUAAUCCCGAGCGCGACCUUGCGGCCUGCUCGGCACGGGCGGGAACGGCAUUCGCCGGCACGAGGCCGGUGCUGCUGAAGCUGCACGCGACCUACGCCGUCAGGGUGGAGGCGGGCGUCCCGCCGACCCUCGCCGGCCUCCGCCUUCUGCUGCAGGAGGAGUGCCAGCGGCAGGCUGCCCGGAUGACGCUGAGGUACCAGCUUCCAGAGAGCGACGAGCUGGCCCCGAUUCACAAUGAUGAGGACCUCUGGACCGCGUGGGAAGGGGCGCAAGGUGACCAGCUGGACCUCUGGGCUCAUGGUAAAGAAGACCGCCUGGACAGGCCCGUGCUGUACCACAUGGUGGCAUGUCAUUCCUACGCCGGCCAGGCGCAAGAGGACCUGAAUUUUACGGAAGGCGACACUCUGGAGGUUCUUGCUGAAGUGAACGAGGAAUGGCUGGAAGGACGCUGCCAGGGGGCCGUUGGCAUCUUCCCAAAGUGCUUUGCGGUGCGGAAGGAUGUGGAGGUGGCCUGCCUGUAGUGGAGAAGAGGCGCCUUUGCUCACGGAGCUCUGCCCGGCUCUGUCACCUUCCAGGUGCUCCUCUGCCUCGAACAGUUUUCCUUUUCCCGCAGGGAGCGGCUUGCUCCAUCCUCCAGCGCCAGCGUUCUUUGGGUU